AUGGCCUUCCAGUAUGAUCAGUUUCAACAACAGUCUCAAUAUGGUAGUGGAACAGAUAGCAAAACGACCUUGUGGAUGGGUGAACUUGAACCUUGGAUGGACGAGAACUACAUAAGAACUGUUUGGUAUCAGUUAGGUGAAAAUGUCAACGUUAAGUUCAUUCGAGAUAAAUUUACAGGAGCGAACGCUGGUUAUUGCUUUGUAGAUUUUGUGAGUAAUGCGGCAGCAGUUAAGGCAUUAAGUACAGUAAACGGAACACCCAUUCACGGUACCAAUCGUGUGUUUAAACUAAAUUGGGCUUCGGGAGGUGGGUUGACAGACAGGAACAGAGAUGACCGUGGUCCAGAAUUUUCUAUUUUCGUUGGAGAUUUAGGACCCGAAGUAACGGAAUGGAUGUUGGUGUCAGUUUUUCAGCAGAGAUAUCCCUCCUGUAAAUCUGCCAAAAUCAUGACUGAUCCGAUGACAGGAAUGUCUCGUGGGUAUGGCUUUGUUCGUUUUGGAGAUGAGGCUGAGCAACAACGUGCCCUUAUGGAGAUGCAAGGUUCCUUUUGUGGAAAUCGACCGAUGCGAAUUUCUACUGCUACACCAAAAAAUAAGAGUGGCUUGCAGAGCAACUUUUACCAACAGCCGACUCAGCAGAAUCCUGUCUUAAAUCAAUACAAUGACCCUAAUAAUACCACAGUAUUCGUUGGGGGAUUAUCGGGUGUAAACAGUGAGGAGGAGCUUAGGAGUUAUUUUCAAGGGUUUGGUGAAAUCACCUAUGUUAAGAUACCGCCUGGAAAGGGCUGCGGCUUUGUUCAAUUUGUUCACCGACAAAGUGCCGAAAUGGCAAUUAACCAAAUGCAACACUAUCCGAUUGGUAACUCUCGAGUUCGAUUGUCAUGGGGUAGAUCGCAAAAUGACAAAACUGUCAUUGGAUCGUAUCGUCCUCAGCCGCCGAGCCCUUACAACCCAUUAGGUGGAAUGACGCCAACCGCGACUUAUACUGGUUACGUACCAACUACCCCAGUAGUUAGUGCCGCUGUAACCCCAACUCAACCCCCAAUUUUACAACCCAUACCCGAUCCGCUAGAACCGGUUCCCGUGCAACGUAUGAAUGAGCUCUAUAUUUCAAACAAGGAAGCAUUGCUUGAAAGAAUGGAAGCAGACGGUAGCAGUUGGAGGGGAAUCUAUGCCCAGUGA